UUUAGCUUUGUACAAAAAGAAACCGGCAAAAAUCUCCCAAAAUUCAUAAAACCCAUCAAAAUUCCUUGAAGAGAAGGGAAGGCAACAAUGAGUAGAGGAAGUGGAGGAGGGUAUGAUCGUCAUAUAACCAUUUUUUCACCUGAAGGUCGUCUCUUUCAAGUGGAGUAUGCUUUCAAGGCUGUCAAAGCUGCUGGGGUUACCUCGAUCGGUGUUCGAGGAAAGGAUUCAGUCUGCGUUGUGACUCAGAAGAAGGUCCCGGACAAGCUUUUGGAUCAUACUAGUGUGACACAUCUGUUCCCAAUUACAAAGUACCUUGGGUUGCUAGCAACUGGCAUGACAGCUGAUGCAAGGACCUUAGUUCAGCAGGCAAGGAAUGAAGCAGCUGAGUUUCGUUUCAGAUAUGGAUAUGAAAUGCCUGUGGAUGUAUUAUCUAAAUGGAUUGCCGACAAAUCACAGGUCUAUACUCAACAUGCUUAUAUGAGACCACUUGGAGUAGUUGCUAUGAUUCUGGGUAUUGAUGAAGAAUUUGGACCUCGACUCUAUAAAUGUGACCCAGCUGGCCAUUUCUUUGGCCACAAGGCAACAAGCGCUGGAUUGAAGGAGCAAGAGGCAAUUAAUUUUUUGGAGAAGAAAAUGAAGAAUGAUCCUGCAUUCACCUAUGAGGAAACUGUGCAGACUGCAAUUUCUGCCCUACAAUCAGUUCUGCAAGAGGAUUUUAAGGCUAGCGAGAUUGAGGUUGGAGUGGUGAGGAAGGAGAAUCCAGUCUUCAAAGUGUUGUCCGUCGAGGAGAUCGAUGAGCACUUGACUGCUAUCAGCGAGCGAGACUAAGAGUUGGUUCGAUGAACCAUCACAGUACCGAAACUGAAAACCUGAAAAUGAAUGCUUUAUUUCCAGUUUUAAGUGCAUUUGAGCCCUUUGCCAUUUGAAACAACUUGAAAGCAUAUUAAUACAUUGUAUGGUAGUGUCUCUACUUUUUACCAA